AUGCAAAUCAAGAAAUUGGUGUCUCUGCCUUCUCGUACAGGAAGACAUUUGCAGCGUUAUAAUCAGGGCUGUCGCCUUGUUGUUGGAUGUAUUCCGUACAGAAUCAGGAAAGCUGAUAAAUCAUCCCCAAAUGAAGAAUUGGAAGUUCUUUUGAUCAGUUCUCAAAAGAAUUCAAACAUGAUGUUCCCUAAGGGUGGUUGGGAAAUAGACGAGGAUAUAGAAUUGGCAGCUUCACGAGAAACCCUGGAAGAAGCUGGUGUAAUCGGCUCGCUCGGGGAUAAAUUAGGCAAAUGGAUAUUUAAAAGCAAAAGGCAAGAAAAGUUUCAUGAGGGAUCCAUGUUUUCCCUGUUAGUCACCGAGGAAUUAGACGUUUGGCCCGAGAAAAAUGUCCGUCAACGGAAAUGGAUGACGGUUAAUGAAGCUAGAGAAGUGUGUGCACAUUCUUGGAUGAAGGAAGCUUUGGAUAAAUUCUUGCUUGUGCAGAGGAACGGGCCCAAACAUGUGGCAUGCUCCUGCAGAACUGAAGAACUAAGGGCAAGCAUCGGAGGUCAAGGCGUGGAAGAGGAAGUUGAUUGUUACUUGAUUAGUUGA